AUGAGGAUCGAGACGUGCUACUUUUGCUCUUCGCCGGUGUAUCCGAGCAAGGGCAUAACAUUCGUCCGCAACGAUGCCAAAGCUUUCCGCUUCUGCAAAUCUAAAUGCCACAAGAACUUCAAAAUGAAGCGCAACCCGCGCAAGCUCGCGUGGACAAAAUCCUUCCGCCGCGCGCACGGCAAGGAAAUGACCGUCGACAGCACCCUCACCUUCGCCCAGCGCCGCAACGUCCCCGUGCGCUACAACCGCGACCUUGUACAGACGACACUCAAGGCCAUGUCGCGCGUCACUGAGAUCCGCGCGAGGAGGGAGCGCGCGUUCUACAAGGCCCGCAUGCGCGGCAACAAGCAACGCCAGCGCGAGGAGGAUCGCAAGCUGGUCGAGGAGAACCAGCAUCUUUUGCCGCCGAGCGAAAGGUUUGCUGCUGCGGAAGUGGAUGAGAUGGAGGAGGUGGAUGUGCAGAAGGUCAAGGAGAAGGUGGAGAAGAGGAGAAAGGAGAUUGAGAUGGAUGAGAGCGAGUUGAGUGAGUUGGAGGAGGAGGUGCCCAAGAUGAAGAGCAAGAGGAAGUUGAAGAUGAAGGUUGGUGGAGGCGUCGAGGCGAUGGAUGUUGAUGAGUAG